AUUCUCAAUAGAAUACUCUGAUUUUCCUUUCAUACCCUUUCGCUAUGUUCCGCCCAAAGCGAUAAAAUCCUCCGGCGGAGCAACCAAACGACGUUCCUCCUCCUAUCCUUCCCCCUCUCUCCUUCAACCAGAAGAAGAGACACUGAAGAAGAGAGGAGAAAGAAAAAAAGGUAAAACCCUGAAAAGAUAGAGGGGGGAAAAAUGAAGGCCACGAUAAAGGGGAGAUACGAAGGGGAGACGGCCUCGUCGGCGCUGGCGACGCUCGAUGUCAACGCCGGCGACGUCAACCUGAAGGCGUCGAUGAGCGACGCCACCUUCGCCAAGGGCCCCUCCUUCAAUGGCCUCGUCCUCUCCGUCGACAAGCCAGGCUCCUUCAUCGUCGACUACAACGUCCCCAAAAAGGAUUUCAGAUUCCAGUUUAUGAACACAGUGAAAGUGCUAGAAAAGCCAGUGAGUUUGACUUAUGUUCAUGCUCGUGGAGACAACCGGACUGCUUUAGAUACGUCAGUUGCAUUGGAUCCAGUGAAUAAAGUGACUAUGAGCUAUGCCUUUGGGUCUGGGAACUGCAAGGUAAAGUACGUGUAUGCUCAUGGAAAGAUGAGGAGAACAGUGAUUGAACCAUGUUAUGAUGUGUCAAAAAAUGUAUGGGACUUUGCUCUGUCGAGGAAGUUUGAGGGGGGUGACUCAAUCAAGGCUACAUAUCAGACAUCUGCCAAAACUCUAGGGCUGGAAUGGAAUAGGGACUCAAACGUCAAUGGUUGCUUUAAGGUUUCUGCAUCCUUCAAUUUGGCAGAGAAAGGCAUCAGGCCAAAGAUAAUGGCUGAGAGUACGUUGAAUUAUGAGAUCUCAUUUUAGAGGUGUUGAAAUCCAUUAUGACCAGCCUUGAGUGCAUUGGUCUACUUGUUGUACUUCUAUAAUUUAUGUUUCUAUUUUAUUUUUUUAAAUUUUAAAUUGAAGUUUGUUAACUCUCAUUUAUUUAGCUGAUAAUUUGGCUGAUACUGCCAUAGAGCAACAUUCGGGAAAUGAAUGCCAACAAUUUUUUUAGUUAUAUUGCACCUGCGAUGAAAUAAUUAUAUUGUUUGUUUCUUAACCAA